AUGAGUGAUAAACUAAAGCGGGUAGCCAUUAUCGGCUCGGGAAACUGGGGUUCAACAAUCGCAAAAAUCGUUGGUAAUAAUAUCAAAAAGUUUGGCACAUUUGAGAACGAAAUUAAAAUGUAUGUUUACGAAGAAAUGAUUGAUGGCAAAAAAUUAACAGAUAUUAUUAACCAAGAGCAUGAAAAUAAAAAAUAUUUACCGGGACAUAAAUUGCCGGAUAAUGUUGUUGCAUGUGCCGAUGUGGCUGAGUCAGCUAAAGAUGCUGAUAUUUUAUUGAUUGUACUCCCUCAUCAGUUUAUUGAGCGAACAUGUUCGACAAUGAAAGAUCAAAUUAAGAGAACUGCCUUUGCUGUCUCAUUUUCAAAGGGUUUUUAUGUAAAUAAGGACAAAAAAGUUGAAUUAAUAUCCGCUGUUAUUAAUCGUCAGUUAGAUAUACCAUGUUACGUUUUAAUGGGUGCUAAUAUUGCCAAUGAAGUUGCAGCUGGAACAUUUUGUGAAGCAACAGUGGGAUCAAGAAAUUAUGAACAUGCACAAUUAAUUAAAGGACUUAUUCAAACAGAUGAAUUUAGAAUUGUUAUUAAACCCGAUACAGAAGUUAUUGAAGUAUUAGGAGCGUUAAAAAAUAUCGUUGCUGUGGCCGCUGGAUUUAGUGAUGGAUUAGGUUUUGGUGAUAAUACAAAAGCAGCUGUCAUUCGUUUAGGUUUGAAAGAAAUGGUCAAAUUUUGUGAAGAAUUUUUUCCCGGUCAUCAUCCACAAAUAUUUUUAGAAAGUUGUGGUGUAGCUGAUUUAGUAACAACAUGUUACGGUGGUAGAAACCGAAGAGUUGCUGAAGCAUUUGUUAAAACAGGAAAAGAUAUCAAAACGUUAGAAGAAGAAAUGCUAAAUGGACAAAAACUACAAGGUCCCGAUGCAGCAGCUGAAGUUAUGGAAUGGCUAAAAUCAAAAGGACAAACAAAUAAGUUUCCAUUAUUUUCGGCUGUUCAUGAUAUUUGUGAACGUCGACUUGAACCAAAAUUAUUGCUCGAAGCUUUACGCCAUCAUCCAGAAUAUUGGUAA